GUUCAGUUCAGUUCAGUUUAGUUAAGCUGUCUGAAUUUAAUCAUGGCACCACCCAGUAAGACUGAGAAAUUCCACCUACAUGUUCCUGAUCUGAAGGAAUUAUGUCAAGUGUUAGAAAAAGGACUGAAGAAGAACUUUGAAGAUGCAAAAGUGUGUGUUGCAGACUGUCCUGAUCUCACACAGGAUCCUUUCAAGUUUCCUGUUAAAGGACUGUGUGGUCAACCUCGAAUUACUGAUGUUGGUGGCGUCCCCUACCUGAUCCCCCUGAUUCAACCGGACAAGGUCUACAACAUGAACACUGUAGCCAAGGAGUUGGAGCUUCCUGGAGCAUUUCUGCUCGGUGCCGGUGCUGUGUCAGCAAAGACUGUCGGGAUGAAUGCAGAGAUGAUGCCUCUGGUGCUGACCGAGUCUGACGGCAAACCAGCCGUCAAUGCCAGCUACUUUUCAUCCAUUAACCCUGAAGAUGGGAAAUGCCUGCAGGAGAAGUACAGUGACAGGUUCUGUGACUGUGACUUUGGGCUUCUAGCAAACCUCUACGCAUGUGAAGGUAAACCCGGCAAGGUCAUUGAGGUCAGAGCCAGCAGGAGAACCGGAGCUGACAGUCUUGUGAGCUGUAUGAGGAAGACCAUGGAGGAGCACUAUGCUGACAAAAGCCUUGCUCUUGGGGGGACUUUUGUUAUCCAGAAAGGGAAGGCCAAGAUCCACAUAAUGCCACGAGAGUUCUCUUCGUGCCCCCUGAAUACUAAUGAAGAAGUAAAUAACUGGCUGAAGCAUUUUGAAGUCAAUGCUCCAUUGAUCUGCCAGUCUGUCAUGGUGUCCAGAGAUCCAGGCUUGGACCUAAGAGUGGAGCAUACGCACGGAUUUAGUCAUCAUGGUGAAGGAGGCCAUUACUACAUCGACACCACACCAAACGAGGUGGAAUACCUGGGAUACUUCCUACCUGCCGAGAUUGUUUAUCGCAUCGAUCGACCUGUGGAGACCCACGACGUUGGCAGAGACUGAAUGGAUAGAAUGAAGUGUUUUUACAUGUACACUAAAUGGCCAAAAGUAUGUGGACCCUUUUAUUAUUAUUGAGUUUGUAUUUUAGCCACACUCAUUUUUAACCACGUGGGAACAGAUUUGGUAUGGAGGAUUUCAGUCAACCCUAAUAAACACCUUUGAGAUAAACUGUUUAUGAGCCAGGCUGCCCCAUCCAACAUCAACCACCAUCCAAACGGUGCCUGGGAGGAAAAAUAGAGGCUGUUAUGGACGUAAUUUUGGAAUGGGAUGUCCAACAGGUUUUCACAUACUUCAGGCCAUAUAGUGUAUUUUCCACAUAUGUAACAUGUACGUGAUUACUAUAGACAAUCACUUUGACACAAAUGUUUAAAUGUGAAUUAAAUACUACAUUUAUUACACUAUAAAAAGGCUCACACAGACUGUUAUGGCAAAGCAGUGCAAUAAAAAUAAUACAUUUUUAAUGAGAAGUUAGUCUUGAAGCAUAGCAUUGUUGGAGCAUAUUCCUUUAAUUUAAUAAAAUCUGCAAGCAAUUUGCACAACGAUAUCUGACUAAAUGCCCUUGGAAUAUCCACAUAAAUAAAUGAUUAGAAGCCUACUUUAAUGUGUUUUUAUCUGCCCUAAUCACAUUUUAUCUACAAGUCUAUUGCCUGAACAGCUUUACAACACAAAUACACAUUUGAAGUACAUUUUCAAACUGGCAAAACACAAAGCACAUGUUUGGAAGAUAAAAUAAACACUUAAGACUAGUGUUAAUUAUCUUAAUGGCAGAAGUGUUUGUUCAUGAGUGACUAAAAAUCUUCAAUGACACCAUUUGGAUCUCAGCAGACCCCAUGUAUUUCCAGCAUGCUAUAAGACUUAGAUUGUUAAGUGUCAUGUUUAAUAAUUGUUUAAUUCUAAAUAAAUAAAGUAAUAAAUUA